UUUCCUGCGAAUUAUUACAAUGGAAAUAUUGUAUGAAACCCUAAGUCCUCUUGCCGGCGAAUCGUCGACUCCUCCGCCUCCGCCGUCUUCCUCCCCCGAAAUUGAACCUUACAUUGUCUUGCGCAACCAUAUUUCCCUCUCCACCAUCCAAUGUCCCUCACCGGAAUCGGCUGCCCCUGAUUACUUCUCCCUCGACAUGAACGAGGCAGCGGAUAAUGGCACAUUAUUUUCAGCCACUCCUCCUCCACCGUCGCGCGAUGCCGCUCCGUCGCCGGACAGAAAGCUGGAAGGCAACUGGUUUCGCGCCAAUUCUCGCUUCAGAAGCCCUAUGCUUCGUCUACAUAAAGAGAUACUUGAUUUUUGUGAUUUUUUGUCGCCAACUGCUGAGGAGCAAGAAUCUAGGAAUGCUGCUAUAAAAUCCGUGUUUGAUGUGAUCAACUACAUCUGGCCUAAUGCAGUGGCCGAAGUUUUUGGAUCAUUUGAGACGGGGCUUUACCUUCCAUCCAGUGAUAUUGAUGUUGUGAUAUUAGGUUCAAAUGUAAGAACUCCUCAGAUAGGCCUUCAGGCUCUCUCAAGGGCACUGUCUCAAAGAGGAAUUGUUAAAAAGAUGCAGGUUAUUGCAAGAGCACGGGUACCGAUUAUCAAAUUUGUGGAGAAAAAAAGUGGAUUUGCUUUUGAUAUAAGUUUUGAUGUUCAUAAUGGACCAAAAGCUGCUGAGUUUAUAAAGGAUGCUGUGUCUAAAUGGCCCCCUCUAAAACCAUUGUGUCUAAUUUUGAAAGUCUUCCUUCAGCAAAGAGAGUUAAAUGAGGUGUACACAGGUGGAAUUGGAUCCUAUGCACUUCUUUCUAUGCUCAUAGCAAUGUUACGGGUAAAUAUUUUGUGUAAAUAUACUCAGCGAGAUAACCAAACUUCUCCAGAAUGUAACCUAGGAUUCUUACUGGUGAACUUUUUUGACAUGUACGGCUGUAAGUUAAACACGGUUGAUGUUGGUGUAUCUUGCAAUGGUAAAGGCACUUUCUUCCAAAAAGAUAUUAAAGGAUUCUCAGUCGAAGGCAGGCCAUCUCUAAUUGCCAUUGAAGAUCCACAGGGUCCAGGCAAUGAUAUAGGGAAGAGCUCGUUCAACUAUUAUCAGGCAAAAUCUGCUUUUGCAAUGGCUUUUUCUACAUUGACUAAUACAAAGACAAUAGCGCAUCUUGGUCCGAACAAGAGUAUCCUUAGUGCUAUAAUCAGGCCUGAUGCGGUAUUACUGGAACGAAGGGGAGGGUCUGAUGGGAAGCUGACAUUCAAUAACUUAUUCCCCAGUAACGGAGAGCCUCUGGAUCGGCUGCACAGUGAUCAGCAGGAAAUUUACUGUAACUGGGCCUUGAACGAUGAGGAGGCGGAACCACUCCCACGUGGAGUUGGUGGAACUCCUGGUGAUAGCGAUGUGAAAUCAUCAGGUAAGAAAAGAAAGGCUUCUAAGGAGAAAAGAUCUUCUAAAAAGGUGAAAGGUCAUGCCUCUAUAGACAGACGCGAAAAGGAGCAGAGCGAGAAGAGGUGGGGGCCAAAGCGGAGAUGGAGACACCUUCAGAGCUCGGGAUGAUAACUGAUUUGAGAAGUGAGACUCAAUUGAAGAUUCAACAGGAAUCAUGGCCUCGUUGUAUCAUUUCAAUCUGUAUAAUUUUGUUAGGACUGAAUAUAGGAAAUGCAAUCUGCAAUAGUGUUCUAGCCAAUUAAACGACUUUUGAUAUCUUUUAAACACAAAACUAGUUUUCUGAGUAUUCGCAUUAAAUGCUUAAAUUUUGGCAAAA